AAGAUAUUGGAUAUUGGAUAUGCGGUGUAACUGAACUGCUGCGGUACUUCUUUUCGUUUCUUUUAGAAAGAUGAUAGAAUUGGUGGAUCCAAGGGCUUCUCGAAUGCUUGUUCUAUUUAGUAUUCUCAUCAUUGUCUUGCCACUAUCCUCACUUUUUAUUUCAAAGUUUGUAUUAUCGGCUUCUUACAUUGGAGCUGCAGUGGUUUCUAUUGUAGUCGUCCAUAUUGUGCUGCUUGGCUUCAUAGUCGUUGCAUUUUCGGAAACAAAGCCUAAAAAGAUACAGUAGCAGGAAAAAAGGAAUGAUUGGAUGUUUUAUCGAUGCAUGCUCAAUCCAGUGUAUCCACUCCAUAUUUUUCACUCGCAAACCGCAUCAAACUGUAAUUUUUUGCAUUUGGUAUGUCUCAUAUAAGCUAGUAUACAGGCUCGUCCUGUGUCUAGUCACUUGGUAAUUAUAUUUUUUACUAUACAGACUGUUUUUCUUAAGUCUUACAUUUAGACAUCCGUGCUUACGGGAACAAAAUCGCCGAAUGUUCGAUAAAUCCCAUGAUUAUUGUGAAUACUGUGUAGGCUUUACAGUGUUGGAGUUUCGCGCGUCUGAACGACUCAGGAGAACAUCGUUACUUUACGAACAAUUCAUAGUUGGCUCUUAAAUAAUUUUUGUUAUUCUUGCGACUGUUGUCUCAGUGGGUGAUAGUUGCAUCAGACUAUGGAGCAUUAUUGUUAAGAACUGUAACUAGUGUCCUCUAACGCCAUAUCCCUCCUAUCUGCUUUCAUCAAUAUGAUGUCCAAAGCUGUUUUAAUUUCUCUGACAAGCAUCUGAAGACGAACUGUAUCAGCCACCAAAUGACCUUGGGCAAACAAUCAGGUCACCAGUCAUGUAAAAUAUUCUGGCGGAACGUUCCGUUGAUCCUAAUUCAUAAAUCUCAAGACAAACCCCAAAUUAUAAGGAGGUCUGUUAACUCUCGCUAGCCCACUUGGUGG